UUUAGCUUUAUUUUGAGUUUAUUCACAAAAAUCCUCAUGAAUAAAAUAGCCUCUAAUGAAGUUUUUUAUAUUUAUUUUAUAUAUUCAGUUCAAAUUAGUCAUUUUAAGUUUUUUUUUCAAAAAUAACCUCUAACGAAGAAAAUGAUCGAAAUAAGUUUUACUAAAUGAUAAAAAUGUAUUUUUAUCCUAGGGUUAACUAAUCUAGAAUUAAGGUUUAGAGUUAAGGGGUGAGGUUUUGGGAAUAGGGUUUCAAAUUUUGAAAAAUAAAAAUAAAUAUUAAAAUUUUUAAAAUAAAAAAAAAGAUUAUUUUGAUCAUUUUCUUUCGUGAGGACUAUUUUUGUGACAAAAACUUAAAAAUAGCUAUUUGAUAGAAUUUCCCUUACAUCAUCUCCAUUAUGAUUUAAAUGAGUCAUGAUAUACUACUAAAGUAUGAAAAUAAUUCCAAAAACACUAUUUAACAAUAAAUCUUUAACAUAAGAUAUUUUUAUUUUCAUUUUAUAAAUCUAAUUAAUUGUAUCAGUUUAUUGCUUUAUCAUAUUUGUUAAUUUCCUAAAUAUUAACUAAUACAUAUCAUAUAUAAGUAUAUAUAUAUAAUAUUACUACAUUUUUAGUUAUAGCAACAAUUUUUAAUUAAAUCUUUCAAAUUUCUAAAACAAAGCCUGAAUUUUUUUGUGUAUUAAAAGUUAGAUUUUUUUAAAUCAAAUACAAAAUUAGACUAGGGCAUUUCGGGUGUCGAUUCGGCUCGUGUGAGAUAUUACAUGUAUCAGAUAUUUUGAACAGGUAUUUUUAGGAACUGCCAACUUCUUGGUUUGAAUAAGUUCGGAUAGUUUCGUUUUUGGACUAGUUUAGAUAGUAAAACUAGAAAUUGUUUGUGAUCCGAGGUCUCGUUUGAUUCAGUAAAAUAUUGAGUAAUUAGGAUGAUUCGAAUUAUAUCAAACGACUCAAAUUAUUUUUAUAUAGAUGUCUAUUUAAUUUUUGGUUUGAUUAUUUUGAAUAUAAAAGUAUAAGAAGUAUCCAAAUAUUUGAAAGUUUUGGUCCGGUUUUGGUUAUUUUGAUCUAGUGAACAUGUUUUUGAAUUCAGGUAAAUUGUCAUGCUUAACAAAUUUAUAGCCAAAAAGUUUAGUCACUAUUUUAAACAUUUUUCCACUAGAAGUUCUAUAGUUUUUUUUAGAUGUCACAAAUACACUAUGUUCUUUUAACAUUGUCAGCAUUUAUGUUUAAUGAGGAAGUUUCAAAACAAAUACCAUUUUCUGCUUUAAAAUUUUGAAAAUAAAUAUAAUCCUAUAUUUUUCCAAACUACAUUUUAAGCAUUAAACGACAUGAAUAAAAAUUUAUAUGAAAGCAUUAACUAAAUCGUGGACAAAUUCUUUAUUGUUAUAAAUUUGGACAUUUUAAUUAUAAAUGACCAAAAAUUCGAAUUCUUUUCCUUUUUUCAACCGUUGGCCAGCGCUUCGAAUUUCCUUUUUGAAGUAUCUCAGAAAAGGAAAUUAUGUUAUUCAAUUUUCCUUUUUCCGUGUGUCUGCAACACCGACUUAACUGAACCCCAACUCUCUAUAUAACACUCUGAAAUCACUUCUCCUUCGCCACAGUUUCCUAUUUUUAAUUCUCUCAACGUUUCCGAACAACGAUUCUGUGUCAAAACCCGAUUGAAAAGAUGCAAACGAAAGAAGAAUUCGUCAAGUUACUAGGCAAAGGUGCUUAUGGUUUUGUUAAUCUCGUCCGCUACAAUAAUCCCGACGACAACUCUUUCUACCUCUCUGCCGUAAAGAACUCUUACCAAGAAGACUACAACGCUCUCCAAAGAGAGUUCCACGUUCUUCUCCAACUCAAGGGAUGUCCCAGGAUCGUCACAUGUCUCGGAGACUCUCUCCAACAAAGUUUCAGCAGAUUCGGGGAGAAACUCCACAAACUACAACUCGAGUUUGCUUCCGAAGGUAGUCUCCACGCUUUCAUGAACAAUUACGCCGACAGAAAGUUGCCUGAACCGUUGAUCAGGGAUUUCACACGGAUGGUUCUCGAAGGUUUGGUCUCGAUUCACGACCAUGGCUACGUUCAUUGCGACAUCAAACCAGACAACAUACUCGUCUUCCCUUCUUCCUCUUUGAGACAAAAUUCAUACGAGGUCAAGAUUUGUGAUUUCGGCAACGCGUUAGAGAUAGGAGAGGUUCCCCUGUGUUGGGAAAUUAAUUUCCCGUGGCUUGGGACUGCGAUCUACAUGUCGCCCGAGUCGGUCCGUGACGGCAUCGCCCACGUGUCUCUAGACUUGUGGUCGGUGGGGUGUUUGGUUCUGGAGAUGUACACGGGCGUGAUUCCAUGGGAAGGCCUCGAACUAGAUGAGAUCGCUACUCGUCUCCUCUCUGGUAAAUCUCCAGAGAUACCUGAAACGGUUCCUUGUGAUGCAAAGGACUUUAUCCAAACGUGUUUCUCGAGGAACCCUGAGGAGAGAGGAAGCGCGCAUGAGUUGUUGCUUCAUCCCUUCUUGCCUCGUCCACAAGUUGAAGAAGAGGAUGAGAAGACAACAGAGGAGAAGACAAGUAACUCGUUUCUGUCGAACCUGUUCAAGUUGAGAAUCAGACGAAGAGGUUCCAAGAAGAAACUAGCGACGGAUGAUGUUGCUGUUUCAGACAAGAAGCCUUUGAAGUUGAGGUUCUGGAAGACAAAGACCGUUAAGAGAACUCUGACCAAAGUCUUGGGGUUGAAGAAAUCGACAGACUUCUUUCAGUUUAGUGUCCGUUCAUUAAGGUUUAGUACGUACUUUAUAUUCAUGAAGGUCUAGUAUGUCUCCUGUUUAAAGUCUCUGUUUAGUAUAUGUUGUUUCUGUUCAUUAUAAAGUUUAGUAACUCAGGUCUCAAAUCUAAACCAGCUUUCAAAGUUUUACUGCGGUUAAUUUAGCAUUUGAAUAGCAGCUUUCAAAGUUUUACUACUGUAUGUUUCUAACUGUUAAAAAGUUGUUCUUUUCUCUUGCAAACUCAAGUCUCAAUCUUUUUACUGUGGUAAGCAACCAAAAAGCAUCUUUUAACUCUGGGAAUCCUAGUGCAACCAAAACUGUUAAUGAACUAGUUCUUUUCUUCAAUCUCAAAUGCUUCUUACUACACAGAGUUCUCUUCUCUGAAAAAUCUAAAUCAGCUUUCAAAGUUUUACUCUGGUUAAUUAGCAUCUUUAACUCGGAUAGUCAUAAUAUACGUGAGAAGAAACGAUUGACGAAUGCUCAUUACACUUUCAUCUUCAACAAAACAAAACAAACCAAAAUGCAUAAAAGACAGACAAUGUGAAUCAUAAUUUGACGUUGGAACAAGCUCUAUGACCUAACAAAAGAGUUCCCUUAUUCAAAAUCUAUCUUAUUUACUUUGCUUAUGGUCGAUGUAUGUUUUUCCAUAUACAGAUAUAAAGCCAUGGACUUUUGAGAAACAUCUCAUCAAAUGUUAUGCAAACUGUUUAAGAGUAUAAAGGUGACUCUAGAUUUUGUUUCUCCUUAAAGCGUGGAGGCUAGCACAAGAGUUCCACAGACUACCAAGUUAAAGACAACGAAAGGUUCAGCUGUAAAAAGAGUGUCAAUUUCAGAGAAGAGAAGCAAAGCCAAAACCUCCCCACCAGAGGAGAAACACCAGAAUAGUGGUGUGAAGAUUCUCCUUAAAGAUAGCUGUUGCCUUGCGUCGUUAAAAAGAGCACAUAGCUAAUAAAUUACCAUGGAAAGAACGCAUUACUAAACUACUCAACACAAAAGUAUUCACUGUCACGCAACAUAAAGGACUUGCCUUAAACCAAAACUUUGCAAUUGUUGCUUUAACCAACCAAUCAAAACCGGAAUUGGCACUCCCCGAACCAAAGCGAAGCCACAAAACCAAGAUUGUUAUUUGUAAUGCACUGAGAAAAUUUAGAACAAAGCAAACACACCAAAGCAGAAGAGUAUAUACCACUAAGAAAAUUAGAAACCGCAGAUUACAAAACCCUAUCGGUCAGACAUAGGGAAACACCAAAGAUCAAAGUUAAAUCUUCGGGGUGCAUAUAUUCUCGUAAAAAUUGAAGAUCCCACUCCUUUAUAUCAUUUCUAAUAAAAGAAUGAACAAGAAGUUGAGGCAAUUUUACACCAAAAAAAAAAAAAAUUGAGGCAAUUUUUAAACAAUUUGGUCUACGUGGUGGAGCAACUGAAUCUAUAUAGAACCCAAAGCUCACUCUAAUCCUGUAUUUAAUUAGUAAACUAUAACAUAUCUUGACAGUGUUAUUUCAACAUAAACAAAAUUUCUAAUUUAAAAAAAAAAGAAGAAAAUUCUGUAACGAGAUUACAAUUUUGAUAUUUGAAAACAGUCUAUUUUUCCAGUUGAUCAUAUCCAUGAACAAACCCAUAGUCCAACUUAGAGCAUUUUCAAGAGGAGCCAUAUUUUUAAGGUUGGAAAACCCCUAAAUUUGAGAUUUGGGGUGUUACUUUCCAAUAUUAAAACCUACAAUGUAUUUUUAAAUCUUAUUAUAUAUUCACUUUAGUUUUCGAUAUUAAUUAAAAAUUGAUUAAAGUUAUAAUAGUUAUAAUAUUGGUUAGAAAAAUGCUAUCUUAUGAUAAAUGAUAACUGAAAAACUUAAAUUAAAUCAUUACUUACAAAUAAAAUACCAAACUACUCAAUAAAAUUAUUUUGUAAUGUUUUUAUAUAUGAUCAGUUAAUAAAUUUUAAAAUGACAUAUAAAUUUAUUUAUUAGUUAGAUAUAAGUUGCAAACCAAAUCAGUAUUUUAUAUGUAAAAUAUUAAUGAAAUAUAGAAAUUAUAAGAACUAAAAUGAUAAUAUUGAAACUUAACAAGAUUAUUUAGAAAACAGAUAAUUUUUUUAAAACUUUAAAAUAUAAAAUCUCAAAUUAAAGUUUAACUAUUCAAAACUUUAAAAUUUAAAGUUAUAAACUUUUGUUGGAGUAUAUAAUUGAAAUCAAAUAUUUAAAGUUUUAGUUUUUCUUUGAAACAGGAUCUUAGAUAGAUGGUUUAGUGGAAGCACUAUAUCAUAUGGUUAAUGUUUAAAGGUUUCUACAUCCAUGUUUGGGUUCGAAUCUCUAUGCAAAUUUUUGCAUAUUACAUGAGGUCCACUUUCAAUUCCCGGAAAAAACGAUUUAUUAAACAAUUAUACAAAUUACGGAAAAAAGCUUACAAGGGAUUUUUAACAUGGCGCAAAUAAAUUCGGCCAAACGUGGAUUUUCAUAGGACGGCUGAGGUGAUGCAGUUAUGCAUAAAUCCUCAUAAGGCAUGAUGCAGUUAUGCAUAAAUCCUCAUAAGGCAAGUAGUAUUGUUGGUUGUCGAAUCGUCUAUAUAAUUUUUUUCAUAAUUGUAAUAUCAUAAUAAACUAGCAUUAAAAAAAAGAUGGCUCAAGGAGAAACAGAGUGGAUCCCACCUAUAGAUCUUGGUCACAGUUCCUACAUUUUCUAACCGCAAAGAGAGACAAAUCUUCUCAUACCCUUAUAUCUCAUAACACAAUCUCAAAAGGAUCUUUUUGUUCUUUUAAUUUUAUAUGUCAAACUAAAAAUCAUAAAAUUAAAAUUGAAACGUUAAUAUUUUUUAUUUGAUUUAUAGAAUUUGAUAAAAAUAUUUCAAAAAUCCAAAAACGUUGUUUUCCAUAUUUUCAAAAAAAUCAUCAAAAUAUGAUUAAAAAUGAUUUUAAAAUAUUUUAUUCUGAAUUUAAAUAUUUGUCCAUGGGUUCACUAAUUUAUAGGGGAGGGUUAGGGUUUAGUUUUGAUGACCUGGAAGGAUUUGAUUUGAAAGUUUGGAUUUUGAUCAAAAAAAUAAUUAUGAAAUAGGGGUAUAUGAGACUCUAGGAAUCCAUAGGAGAUUCUACAUUUCACAUUGGGGCACGCGAAAAGUCGGCCAUGCUCGCGCCUCCGUCGUCUCCUUCGACGUUCUCUACAGGUCUAGAUGCAUGCUUUCAAUUCUCCCAUCUCUCGUAACUUAGAUUCGUAGAAAAGAAAGCUUGAGCCUUUGCACAUAUCAUGGGUUUGCGUUGAUACUUGAAGCAUUUAGGUUAUGAAGUUAAUUUGCUUAUAAUCAUACGUGCUAAUGAGAGUGUGGAGAACCCGUUGAGUAUUGUUCUAUUUUCUUUCCAAAUAUAGUAACUCAUUGUUCGCAUGGCCUAAACGCAGAAUUGUUGACAGGUUCUGAUCCGUCUUUUUGUUUCAAUCUUGUGUAGAUCACAGAAAGUUACCAUCCAUUGGCUCUGAGGCACUUCUUGAUGAGUGCACACUACCCGUCUCCUCUGAGUUUUCUUAGCUAGACAGUUAGUCAGAAGCUUUCUAUUAUGUUUAUCAGGUGCAGUGCUUACUUGAGAUAUGUUUUUUAACAUUUUUUUUAGCUUUUGCACUGAUUUAUAUUCACUUGUGACUGUAACAUCUCUCAUCUUUGUUUAACUUCUCUUCGCUGCACUGAAGAAGAAAGAGUUUGAGAAAAGUGAUCAGAUCAGAGCAGUUCAAGAAAUAGCAUUAAUGGAUAUUGCCAAUGCUUCCCUUCUCCGGCUGACUCCAGCGAUGGAGAUAAGUCAAAUUCCUAAAAGUAAACCUUUUAUUCUUUAUAACUCUUUUGUUUUGUUUUGAGUUGUCCCAACGACUCCUAAUAGACACUUGUUGCUGUUUUUUUGUCUGUAUCUUAAAGAUUCACAGUGACAAAUUGUAUCAGUUCAACACAGUAUUUUAAUUUGGAUAUUGUUCUAGGGCCAAAUAUGAUCUAGACAUGGACGCUUCUGACAUUUUUAUUUGAUCUAGAGCUGAACAAGAUCUAAAGAUCAAAAUCACAGGGGUCAUUCUUACAGUUGUCAAGUUUUUUUUUUUUCUUAGAGUAAGAGAACCAAACAAAACCAUUCUGCUCACAUUGGAAAUGUGGAUUUGUUCUUCUUGACUAAGGCGUAAGCGUCACUGUAAAUGGCAACUGCACUGGAGAAAACCGCAAGGACAAUCACGAAAAUGGCUAUAGUCUUGUCCAUCUUUGUUGCUCGGUUAUGACGAUCCCUGAAGAGAUACCCUCAGGUAAAAUGAUCCAUUAGGUUCCAAAACCAGUCUGUUAUGAGAAACAAUGGGGACUUACUUCAAGAUGACAGCAGCAG